UUCGACGCACAACAAUGAUUGGAGAACCAGAAAAGGCUGAAGCUUCAGCCAUGGUGGCCCAAAACCGAUCUAAUCAGAACCGGCCUUCUCAAAGCACGCCUAAGAUCACUAAUGGUGCCGAUAAAUCCACCUACAAAUGCACCCAUUGCAAUCAAACUGGUCAUACCAAAAGUCACUGCUUUGAACAUGUGGGGUAUCCAGAAUGGUGGGAUCGUAGUCGCGAUUCACGGAAGAAGAAUUCCAAAAAGACCUCCAGUGCUGCGUUUGUUGAAACAAAGACAGAGGAUGAUGUUGCUGGACAGAUCUCAGCAUUAGCAACAGCGGCAGGACAUCCGAAUGAGGCAAACGAUUGGUUGUGGUGUUAGGCGAGGGAAGUUGUAUUACUUGGACUUGGUGUCAAAGAGUUCGGACAAGCUGCGUCAAGCUCUAAUGGUGGAUAGCUCUGAGGGGGAGAAGCAUAAAUCUGAAAUCUGGUUAUGGCAUCGACGUCUGGGGCAUGCUUCCUUUGGUUACCUGAAGAAAUUAUUUCCUAGUUUAUUUGCAAAAUUUGUUGUUUCUAGCUUCCGGUGUGAAGUUUGUGAACUUGCAAAAAGCCAUCAUGCUUCUUUUCCAUUAACUUUGAAUAAAAGUCUAGUUCCUUUUAUGGUCAUACAUUCUAAUGUUUGGGGUCCGUCCAAAGUCACUACAUUGGGUGGAUCACGUUGGUUUGUUACUUUUAUUGACGAUUGUACCAGAAUGACUUGGGUGUGCUUAAUGAAGUCUAAAAGUGAAGUGAACUUGUUAUUUCAAAAAAUUUAUAACAUGGUUCGUACUCAGUACAAUGCACAAGUUCAAGUUCUCCGUAGUGACAAUGGAGGUGAAUAUUUGAGUUCUGAACUUCAGCAGUAUUUGGAAGC